AAUGAGAUUGAGGUAGCGAUAAGGAGAUUAUUGUUGGAAACCGAAGGAGAAGCCAUCCGAGAGAGGAUACAACUUCUCAAGGAAAAAGUCAAAAAGGAGAGAAAGCUUCAAUGGAGAAGAGUAAUGGCCUACGAGUGAUUCUGUUUCCACUUCCCUUACAAGGCUGCAUCAACCCCAUGAUUCAGCUCGCCAAGAUCCUCCACUCAAGAGGUUUCUCCAUCACUGUGAUCCACACGCGCUUCAAUGCGCCAAAAGCCUCAAGCCACCCUCUCUUCACCUUCUUAGAGAUCCAAGAUGGCUUGUCUGAAACAGAGACAAAAACUCACGAUGUCACGCUUCUCUUAACCCUUCUCAACCGAAGCUGUGAGUCUCUGUUUCGUGACUGUUUGUCUAAACUCUUGCAAUCUGCAGAGGCAGAGACAGGGGAAGAAAAAGAGAAGAUUAGCUGUUUGACCGAUGAUUCUGGAUGGAUCUUCACACAACACAUUGCUCAGAGUUUGAAUCUCCCGAGAUUGGUACUUAAUACCUAUAAAGUCUCCUUCUUCCGGAACCAUUUUGUUCUUCCUCAGCUCCGACGUGAAAUGUAUCUUCCAUUACAAGAUUCAGAACAAGAUGAUCCAGUUGAGGAGUUUCCACCGCUUCGAAAGAAAGAUCUAAGACGAAUUCUUGAUCAAGAAACGGAGGUACUAGACUCGUACUCAGAUAUGAUUCUACAGACAACAAAAGCGUCUUCAGGUCUUAUAUUCAUGUCCUGUGAAGAGCUAGAUCAAGACUCACUGAUUCAAGCACGUGAAGAUUUUCAAGUCCCGAUCUUUGCGAUAGGGCCUUCUCAUAGCUACUUCCCAUGUAUUCAUGAAUUCUUCCUUUGUGUUUGGUAUUGUUGGAAUAAAACGUCUUCUUUUGGUUCACAUUUCUCAACUUGUUUCAAAGAAAAUUAUGGUUUUUGA